AUGCGUAAGAAAUAUCGAACUCAUGAGUCCGUCCCUCCCAACGAAAUCACUUUGGAUAACUACAUUGUCCAUCUUCUUCGAGAGGAAGAGAUGAUCGAAGCUGUCCAAAUGGUCGAUCCUGGAAGUGCUGCAGAGAUGAGUCAAAAGCUGGAAGAAACCCUACAAGAACCAUGGCGCUAUCUCGACGAAUUUGACAAGACACCCGAGGAGAAAAGACUAAAGUCUUUUCAAAGACUCAAGGAAGAGACCGAGGAACUCGAAGCAGUCGACAUCAAAGAGCUUGACGAAGAUGAUGUUUUCAAGGAUGCCUCGCCGCCCCAUCUACCCAGCAAAGACUCUUGCAACGAGGACAACUCCAGCAAUCCCACCACUAUCACGCCGAUCAGAAAAAACGAACACUUCGCCCACCUAGCCAUAACGGCGAAUACACCUGGUCCCAAAAGUUCUACCACAUCAAACAACAAUACAAGUNACGAAGUCAAAGACAAGGAAGUCGCUGCAGACAACUCUUUUGCCGGCUUCGUCAGAUACGGUGUCUCCAAAACUCCGGAGAAUCAGUUCCAUACUCACAAUGUCACGAGAAAGGAGAAUUCGUUGCGUCAUCUGCCUGACGAUCUGGCUUAUCGACCUUUGGAUGCUGCGAGGAUCUUUGCCGAUAUCUCCGAUAAUUGUCUUUGGAAGAUGGCUGCGAAGAGGAUUCGGAUCAUUGUUACGCAGCAUUGA